AUGGCGGCCCAAGAAUAUUACCUCGGAACGCAGGCUGCGCAAGAACUGCCAGGCAGUCACCCACCACACCCAUAUUCAUCUCAGCCACAGAAGCCGCCACAAUAUCAACAACCACCUGCGCAACAUUACCCGCAACCAAACGUUCAUAAUCCUGCGUAUGCGAAUACGCCUCCUCCGUCCUAUUCAGCAUACUCUCAGCAACCGCAGCAACAACCACAUGGUUAUCCACCUCAACAACAAUACCAGCCUUACCCUGAGAAGAACGCUCAAGCCAUGACAGCGCCAUACCCACAAACACCACCGGCAGGCUACUUCCCUCAUCAGCAGCCGAUGCCACAACCACAGCAAGCACCCCCUCAAAACAACGGUUACUUAGGCGCUCCCCUCCAACACCACAGAAGCCACUCGCAACCUGCACGUGUGCGCUUCGCAGACCAAGACUCAGAUCGCAGCACAAGUCUAGGCUCCAUGUCCGAUUCCGACGAGUAUUCGCCGCCCCGCCACAGCAACAGCAGACACCAUGGUCGACACCGCAGCCACUCAACCCGCGACUACGAUUCCGACCGCGACCGCAGCGACCGCGAUCGCGACCACCGUAGACACAAGCCUAGGAAAACCCACUCAUAUGACAAAGCACAUGAAGAGAAGCAUAAGAACAGAGAUACCUUCCUCGGCGCAGGUGCAGGCACCAUCAUCGGGGACGCGAUUUUCCCUGGGUUGGGCACUGCAGCGGGGCUAUUACUAGGUGGAUACGGUGGUCGGAAGUACGCUGACACGAGGAGCAAGAGUGACUAUGACGGAACAAGUAAGGAAAGGAGGAGCCAUGGAGGUAGUAGGAGGUUGGGGGAUGACGGAUGGGAUGAGAAGACCAGGACGUAUCGCAAGGGUGCUGCAGUGCGAUGA